CGGCCGCUGCCGCGCGGUCUGCCCUCGGCUUAGACCGCCCUCAGUGCUGUUAAACCAUCCUAAAUAGCCUGGGCUGCUUUCCUGUCGGCAGCCUGAAGGGGAUUUAUCACUUUGUUACGUGUAUGAUUAUUUUAAUGUCCCUGUUGCGUUGGAGACAGUUUGGUUGACUGGAACUGGUGGUGGCUAGAAGCCAUGAAGAAACAUUUUACGUAGAACUUAUAUGACGUGACUGAAGCCAUGGCGUCUUCAACAAACUUAGAUGUUGGAGCCCAGUUAGUUGUGGAAGAAUGCACCACUAGCUACAGCCUUCCACCUAUGCCAGACAUUAAGGUGGAACAUCAGCUUGACCCUAGCACAGAGGAAGGCCCAGCUCAGAGUGUCACAAUGGGAAUGAAAUUCAUUUUGCCCAACAGAUUUGAUAUGAAUGUCUGCUCGCGAUUUGUGAAAUCUUUGAAUGAAGAGGACAGUAAAAAUAUUCAAGAUCAAGUUAACUCUGACCUUGAAGUGGCAUCUGUCUUAUUUAAAGCUGAAUGCAACAUCCAUACUUCUCCUUCCCCUGGUAUCCAAGUAAGACAUGUUUACACUCCAUCAACUACUAAGCAUUUCUCACCAAUAAAACAAUCAACUACCCUAACUAACAAACAUAGGGGAAAUGAAGUCUCUACAACACCUCUGCUUGUAAAUUCUCUAUCAGUUCAUCAGCUAGCUGCUCAGGGAGAAAUGCUGUAUCUGGCCACACGUAUUGAACAAGAAAAUGUAAUCAAUCAUAAGGAUGAAGAAGGAUUUACCCCUCUGAUGUGGGCUGCUGCUCACGGGCAGAUAGCAGUAGUGGAAUUUCUCCUCCAGAAUGGUGCAGAUCCUCAGAUGUUGGGGAAAGGGCGAGAAAGUGCCCUCUCACUGGCUUGCAGUAAAGGAUAUACAGAUAUUGUCAAAAUGCUGCUUGACUGUGGAGUUGAUGUAAACGAGUAUGACUGGAAUGGAGGCACACCUCUACUCUAUGCAGUACAUGGGAACCAUGUGAAAUGUGUAAAAAUUCUUCUUGAAAGUGGUGCUGAUCCAACUAUUGAAACAGAUGCUGGCUAUAAUUCCAUGGAUUUGGCUGUAGCCUUGGGCUAUAGGAGUGUUCAACAGGUUAUUGAGUCGCAUUUAUUGAGGUUACUUCAAAAUAUCAAAGAAUAACAACUGGCUCUUCUGUGGGUUCCAGUUCUCUCUUUGGAGAUACGGACUGCUUUUUAGCCCUGUAAUCAGUUGUUUAUUUUGUAACUUUACCUCAGUUCAAAUAUUUAACUGGUUUUACUAAGCUUUUUAAUGUUUCCUUUUCGUUUAUUGCUAUUCAUUGAAAUAUGUGAUGUCAUCCUUUUACUAAAAAGAAGAUAUCAAUUGUGAUGCAUGAAAACUUGGUGAAUAAAAGCAGUUUUGACUGUCUAAAUGUUCA